UGGGCUAGACCACAAAUAGUAACAUUCAGUAUGAAUUCAAUAUAUCUUUUGUUUUUGAAUAGUGUUGUAGCGGUAUUGUCAUUUAACCAGUUAGUUUCUGAUACCGAUCAGUGGAAAUCAAGCAAUAUCGGUGCAGAACAAUCAUAUAAUCAAGUAUUAGAACAAUACUUAAACUAUUAUAAUUACUUAUAUCAGCAAAAUUGUAUUUUAAAUAAUCAAAAUUAUAAUGUUAACACCAAUCCGAUUUCAACAAAUAUCACAAACACCAAUCCAAUUCCAUCAAACACCACAAAUAUCAUUCCAAUAAGUGUACUCAAAAUGGAAAAUAGAUCAACAAAUAACAAACAUCCAAUCGCCUUGCCAAUCGUAAGACCAAUAUUUCCACGAAAAAACAAAAUAUUAUUGCCUCGUAAACCUAAUAUAGAGCUAAUGAAACCAUUAAAACCAAAAAUAAGAUCUAUUUUAUGUAAAUCCCAAAAUAAAAGUAAAUAACAUAUUAUAAGCUCAACAUCUUGAAAUUAUCCUUAAAAAUAUAUAUUGUAUCCGAA